UGUUAACAAUGCAGUAAGUGUCCAACUUUGUACUGCAUUUCUACUUGUGCCGUGAGUAACGAGAAAAUGGAGGACAGGCUCGCGAAAUGUAAAGUGUGUUUUUCUUAAACGGGACGAGGCAAGCUGUUGCUAAAUGAAGUAAGCGGGUGUUGAAGCGCACAUCUUGAUAAGUGUGGGAUUUAACGUUUCUAUUACAUGGCGGACAUGCAGACCAGGCUGGAGUGGAAGCAACACACAUGUAUAACCCCUUUUGUGUUAGGGGUGAUGGGGGAUUGUGCCCCCUAAAUGGACCAUGUGCUCCAGUAAGACCUCGAAGAUCUACUAAGUUUACACAAGAGUCCAUCUGGGUGGGGGCAUUAGCUGCCAUUCAUAGCACAGCCUUGGGUGUGUGAGUGAGUGAGUGUGUGUGUGGGUGUGUGAGUGAGUGUGUGUGUGAGUGUGUGUGUGAGUGUGUGUGUGAGUGUGUGUGUGUGUGUGUGUGUGUGAAGGUCUGUGAAUAUUUUUGUUAUUUUUUCUCUGCUUCUGCAAUUGACUUGGUAUGUGUAAGUGAGUAAGUGAGUGAAUUGGCAGAGUGCAGGGGUGGGGGUGUCUGUAAGUGUGUACCAUAGGCUAGGGUGGGUCUACCCAUGCGACCGAAAACUUUCCCUGCAGCCCCGUAUGUGGGCAACACACGCCAACGGCUCCAGGAGAUCAAGGAAGGACUGAAACAGCCAGCUAAGCUGGUGAGCCAGGCGCUGCAUGGAGGCAGUGCCCGAGGAGAAGGGGGCAGAGGGGGGGACUGCAAAGGUAAAGACCAGGCAGGACGGCAGCAACAACUUCGUCAGCCCCAGAAGUUCAACAACUACCAGAAUGCCCUGCGAGAGAUUCGCAAGUCUCUCAUGCCUUUUGCCAAUGAGUCUGGUCCAGCAUCCAGCUCCUCACACCCAGGUGGAGAUGUGAACAGGCAGAUGCUGCAGGAGCUCGUUAAAGCUGGAUGUGAUCAGGAAAUGGCAAUACGUGCAUUGAAGCAAACAGGGAGCCGUAACAUUGAAGCAGCAUUAGAGUACAUCAGUAAGAUGGGCUACCUAGACCCUCGCAAUGAGCAGAUUGUGCGUGUCAUCAAACAGACUUCUCCAGGCAAAGGUGCCAUUGCAAAUUCAGUAGAUCACAGACCGGCAAUGGAGACUUCCAGUGAAGGUGCUAUGCCCCCUUAUCAUCAAAUGGGACCACCGCUAUAUGAUGGAGCUGGCUAUGGGUCAGAGGGAGAGAUGGAACGUGCAUAUAUGGGUGGACCACCCUUCAUGAACUAUAUGAUGCCACCUUCUAACUCAGCACAGGGUCCUUCAAUGGGGAACCCAAUGGCUCGGCCCCCCAGCAUGGGAGCUUAUCCUCCAGCCAUGACUCCUCAGAAUGCCCAAGGAGCUUCAAUUUACUCAUCUGGUCCUGCUCAGCAGAAAGGAUACACAGGGGGCAUGGAUCAAGCUAUGAUGGGCUACAGUGUGUCAGGUCCACCCAUGCAACUCCAGUCCCAGGCACCAGGGGGCCCUGGUCCUCAUUAUGACUACAGACCUCAUAUAAUGGAGACCUCUGGCUAUAGCGUUAAACGAAGUGCUUCUUUUCAGAACAAGAUGCCACCACUGGCACCGGACAACUAUGUCAAUAUGCAAGGCAAAGGGGCUAUAGGUCAAAAUGGUGGUGGAUACGCUCCUAACCUUUACCUGCCUCCUCACUCACACCCCCGUCAGGCCAGCCCAACUUCACACCAAGUCCACAUGAUGUCACGCUCUCCUGGAGGAGCAGUUGCAGCAGCUGCUAUGGGCCCUGAGUUCUCAGAUAUUCCCCAAGGUCUUCUCACUCCUUCUAGGGCCAGCCUCAACCUUGACCUAUAUGAUCACCUCUGGGCUGGUGCUCAAGGCCCCGAGGCAGCACCUCCAGCCCGACAGCCACAGGGACCCUUCAGAGGGGAAGUACGUGUCCCCAGCAGAACAAAUUCUUUCAACAACCACCAAAAGGUAAAUGUAAGACAAGCAAUGCCCCCUGCAACUAGUGUACCGAGCAAACAGGACACUGGAAUGGGGCCACCCAACACCAUCACUGCAGUGACCUCUCCACCAAUCCAGCAGCCUGUGAAAAGCAUGAGAGUCAUGAGACCAGAGCCAAAGACUGCAGUUGGGCCAUGCCACCCAGGCUGGUUAGCUGCACAGGCCCAGGAUACUCCUGAGACACAUGGGUACUUGCCAGAUGAAAGUUUUACCUUGGAAUCCACCCAGGAGCCCCGAUGUCCACCUCCACCCUACCCCAAAACGCUGCUUAUGUCUGGAACCACAGCUGUACAGGAAACUGCACCCUUGGAAGCUGGAGGCAUUGCUGGAGCUUCAGACCACGGUGCCCCAGGUAGGCCUGUCCCAAGUGCCCCAGCAGGGAAGCCAGAAGAGCGUGCCACCAAAGACAAAGCAAAGCCAGGAAAAGGAGAGAAGAUUGUAAAAGAUAAGAAGCAGAUUCAGACUUCACCAGUACCAGUGCGGCGGAAUGCCCGUGAUGAAGAAAAAAGGGAGUCACGUAUCAAGAGCUAUUCUCCCUUUGCUUUUAAAUUCUACAUGGAGCAGCAUGUAGAAAAUGUUAUGAAGACGUACCAGCAGAAGCUAAAUCGCAGACUGCAGCUGGAGCAAGAGAUGUCUAAGGCUGGUCUGUCAGAAGCAGAGCAGGAGCAGAUGAGAAAGAUGUUGAACCAGAAGGAGUCCAAUUAUAACCGACUGCGCCGUGCCAAGAUGGAAAAAUCUAUGUUUGUGAAAAUUAAAACACUUGGAAUAGGGGCCUUCGGGGAGGUGUGUCUGACCCGUAAGGUGGACACCGGAGCCCUGUACGCCAUGAAGACUCUCCGAAAGAAAGACGUCCUGAACCGUAACCAGGUGGCUCAUGUUAAAGCGGAGCGGGACAUCCUUUCAGAGGCUGAUAACGAAUGGGUAGUCCGACUGUACUACUCAUUUCAGGAUCGGGACAGCCUUUAUUUUGUUAUGGACUACAUUCCUGGGGGAGACAUGAUGAGCCUGCUAAUUCGUAUGGGGGUUUUCCCUGAGCCAUUAGCCAGGUUCUACGUGGCAGAACUGACACUCGCUAUCGAGAGCGUGCAUAAGAUGGGUUUUAUCCACAGAGACAUCAAACCAGAUAACAUCCUCAUUGACCUGGAUGGACACAUCAAGCUUACUGAUUUUGGCUUGUGCACAGGGUUCCGCUGGACACAUAACUCAAAGUAUUAUCAGAAAGGGAACCAUAUCCGCCAGGAUAGUAUGGAACCCAGUGACUUCUGGGAUGAUGUGUCUAACUGUCACUGUGGUGACCGGUUGAUAACACUGGAACAACGGGCAAACCGUCAACAUCAGCGCUGUCUUGCACACUCCCUAGUGGGCACUCCCAACUACAUUGCCCCUGAAGUUCUACUGCGGAAAGGAUACACCCAGCUGUGUGACUGGUGGAGUGUGGGAGUGAUUCUGUUUGAGAUGCUAGUGGGCCAGCCUCCAUUCCUUGCGCCAACCCCUACAGAAACACAGCUUAAGGUGAUAAACUGGGAGAACACACUACAGGUGCCUCCACAAGUCAAGCUGAGCCCUGAGGCCGUAGACAUCAUAGGGCGUCUCUGCUGUUCAGCAGAGGAGCGUCUGGGAAGAAAUGGUGCUGGUGAGAUAAAAGCCCACCCUUUCUUUGCUCAGGUUGACUUCUCCAGCAACCUUCGCACUCAGCCUGCUCAGUACCGACCUAAGAUCGCUCACCCAAUGGAUACUUCCAACUUUGAUCCAGUGGAAGAAGAAGGUGGCCCAGGGGCAUGGAGUGACAGCGGAGACAGCACUCGGGCUUGGGAUACUCUCUGCUCACCAAAUAGCAAACACCCCGAACACGCCUUCUACGAGUUCACCUUCCGAAGGUUCUUUGAUGAUAACGGCUGUCCGUUCCGUUACCCUAAGCCCCUGGAAGAAAUGCAAGGGCCCCCCAGCAGUAGUGGAGCUAGCAGCAUGGGUCCUGAGGAGGAAGAGAAUGAGGAGGAAGUGGAGAGGGCCGAAGAAGAGCAAGGAGAGGGGUGUGAGCCUGUAUAUGUGUGAGACAUGGGGAAUGCUGAUUUAGCUUCACCAGUGUGGCUUUUAUUAAAUAGCACACCAGAUAAUCCUGUGUGUUUAAGGUUGGUUCGAAAAGGAGAGAAGGGAAUUAAAGAGGAAUGGGUAUAAAAAGAGAAAAAUAACGCCAUGUGAAAUGCAUAUUAUUACUCAAAUAUUAUAGUGCAGAAUCUUUUACUUGUUCACGCAUACGUAUGUCUAAUGGAAACUGCAAUCUGGGACCAAUAAGUGUGGACUGAGACAGAUUCAGUGUGAUGCAGGAUGCUGUUCCUCUGUCAGUGAAGGUGACAAAGCAAUUCCUUAUUCCAGAUAAGUAACUGUGAUCAUGGUCACUGGACUCAACUCAACAGGGCUAAAUCAACAGUGGUGGUGUUAUUUGGUGACUAUAAACUGUGUUUCAUAUGACCACACAACUUUAAUCAAAAUCCUUCUACUCUAAUAAUAUAUGGGCCCAAAUACACUCAGAUGUGUUGUUCCUUCUACAGGUAUCUGUAGAGAUACCCAUGACUGGUAGAGCAGCGACUCAUUUUAAACUUUGAAGGCUUUGUACAAAAUAAGAGAUGUCUGUUUGGAGACUGUUAGUCCCAGGAGAACAUGCACGUAUGUGAAGAUAAGAUAUGGCUCAGGUUGUUUUCCUCUUUGUAUUAAGGAAACUUCUGUAUCAGUUACAGAAUAUUUUGGUUUGAGAGUGAUUUCACAAUGCCUCCCAGUGAUUACAAAAACACAGAGCAACAUUCAACCUGGGGGGAAAAAUAUAUGUAUGUAUAAUUUUUACAGUCAUUUAUUUGCUAAAUGUAUAUGUUACAUAUUCUGACUUUCUCUGCACCUCGAAGCUUUCACAGUUACAUUAUUUUAAUAGCUGGUCCUCAAUCUUUAACAGUUUGUCAUCACAGUUCUUUAGGAGUAAUAGUUACUUUCCAUUCUCUAGCAUUACUCUUGCUAUCUGUUCCCCAUUGCUUCAAUAUCAGCACCUUAAAAUAUUCAGAAUAUCAGUGUAAGUGUUUAUCGUCAGUUAUUUACUAUUUCACUCAGAUAUACAGAAAUGGAUUUAGCUCAAUAAGGAGUCUUAACUGUCAGGGGACUUAUUUUUUUUGUCAUCACACUUAUGUAGAUUCACUGGCAACAUCUGUACCCCCCCUUAAAAUACUUAAAUUUGCCCAAAUUCUAGUUAUGGAAGCACACACAUACACUGUACAGUGUUAAACAUGAAGUCUCUGACUACAAUAUAGACAAUAUCUUAUAACACGGUAGUGAAAAAGUGUUAGAAAACUAGUAAACAAAUGUCAGAAGAAAAUAAUUGUAUGGGAUUACUAUGUGCAAUAAUGAAUAUAUAUUCUAUAAUGUUCUAAUCACACAAACAGCUUUUUUUUAUUCAGUACUGAAAUACACAGUGUAAAGGUAAAAAAAUAUUUUCCUCAAUAUAGAUACCUGACCCAGUGCUGCUCUUUGUUAUUGAUGUUACAUUAUCAUCAUACUUUCAUAUAUGCCUUUCUAUUUUUUUUUUGUUUUGUAAAAAGCAUGCUGUUGGUUGACAGUGUCCUUGACAUAAGAUGUGACAAACUGUGUGCCUUCUAAUGAAUGUGUGGGUGUGUCCACCACAUGCUGAUCAGUAUUUAAGAUGGAGAUGGAAACAUGCUUUUCCCCUUCACUCAGGCUGGUCCUAAAUGUUUGGGAAAAGAGUGUUUAGGAGAGAGUGGAGAAGUGGAAAAUAAAGAUUGGAAUGAACAUUAGUUAUUAAAAUGUUAAAGACGUAAGAAGACAAAGUGGAUUUGAUUUGAUUGGAUUUUUAUAUGCCUGUUUUUUUUUUUUUUUUAAAGUAGGACGAUGUGGAAGUAACUGUAUUGAACUGAAUUGUUGAGUCCAUUUGAUUAACAUGUUUUGUGAAGAUGAGAAUUUUGAAAUAAGUAAGUGUACAGAACCAACCGUUAUAUCUGAUGCUAAUUGACAAUCAUUACUACUUUUCCAGGCUCUUGUUUAAAAACCAUCAUCUGUCUAGAAGAACUAUAUUAAAUCUACAGUCCAUCAUGGUGUCUCAUAAGUAGUUCAAAUUUGCGAUAUUUAGCUGGAUAACGAACAUUUACAACCAAAUGUAUUGCAUGAGUUAGUACUAACGUCACACCAUUUUAUCCCAAUGUGACGCACCGGUUAAUGUGGCAGAUGUUCUGCUGACCCGUAUUCAUCAUGAUGGAACACUCAGUGAAAAAUUCAGAAGACAGGCCUUCUACAAUAAAUUGCGUGUCAUGUGAGUGUGUUUUGUUUUGGAUGGAUUUUCUGCAUUUCACUUUUGAAAGUGCUGACUGACAAUCUUUGGUUGAGAAUAACUGAUAUUGGACUUUUGUGUGCCUUUUUUUUUUGUAUUUCAUUGCUUGAGUCGGGUGGGACUUUUUGACUUCUGUGACCUUCUUUAAUGUAUUAUGUAAUACAGCUACUAUUAAAUAUAUAAAUAUAUAUAAAUAUAUAUUUAUACAGAUAUACAUAUUUUUUGUAUCAUUAUUAUUUUUCAUUUUUUCUGAGCUAAUUUCUGAACCUCUGUGUCUUCAGUAUUACAGACAGUAAAUAUUUGGAUUCAUAGCUUUUUACAUACAUGUAUGAACCAAGAAUUUGUUAAAUAUGCUUUCACUGUUCUCACAUGUGUAAAUGUAUAUUCCUAAAUUAAAUUAAAUAAAUGAA